AUGAACUUCAAUACUCCACUUUCAUUAUUAUCAUCAGUCAAAGAAUCAAUUCAUGAAAUGAAUUGGAUUAGAAAAGACAAAACUACUCAAUUCUUUAAACAUACUUCAUGGAAAGUAUCAAAUUUAUCACAGUUGAAUAUCAUUACAAAAGAAUCCACUAAUAAUGAACUAUACGAUAAUAAUAAUAAUAAUAAUAAUAAUAAUAAUAAUAAUAAUACUUUAAUUACUAUAUUGAAUCAUGAAUUGAUUUGUUGA